AAAUUUCUCCUUAGUUCUAAGCUUAGUUCUAAGUAGGGUAGGGAAUAAACUAGAGAGUAGAGAAGAAAUAGGAAUAGGAAUAGGAUAAAAGUUGGAAGGGACCAUGGAGGUCUUCUAAUCCAACCCCCUUCGUAGGCAGGAAACCCUACACCACUUUGGACAAAUGGUUAUCUAACAUCUUCUUAAAAUCUCCCAGUGUUGGAGCAUUCAAAAUUUCUGGAGGCAAGUUGUUCCACUGAUUAAUUGUUCUCACAGUCAGGAAAUUUCUCCUUAGUUUUAAGCUUAGUUCUAAGUAGGGUAGGGAAUAGACUAGAGAGUAGAGAAAGGGCCGGAAUAGCUCAGGCUGGUAAAGCCUGUUAUUAAGAACACAAAGCCUGCAAUUACUGCAGGUUCAAGCCCGGCCCAAGGUUGACUCAGCCUUCCAUCCUUUAUAAGAUCUAGAAGCUGAAAGCUACUUGGGCCUCCUUGUCUGGGAGACCAAAAGACCUCCUCAUCAAAAAGGGUGAAUGGGCUUGAAGAAUUUCUCCAGGGCUUUGUUGAUCAUCCAGAUCGUGUGAAUGAAAAGAUCUUUGGAGUUCCUCAACCUCCAUUGGCCCCAUUGGGAACAAUGUUAGAGAAUGGAGAAGAAGUGGAGGGAUAUUACCCAGUGGGCAAGGACUCCUGGGCAGGAGCUGGGCAGAAGACCCUGGAGGUGAAAGCCAUCAGUUCAGAGGUCCAGCGCAGGCUCUUCAGGAGCAUCCACUACCAAGAGGCCAAGGGACCCCGUGAGAUUUGUAGCCACCUUCACCACCUUUGCCAUAAGUGGCUGCAACCGUUGAGGAAUACCAAAAGGCAGAUGCUGGACAUGGUGGUUCUGGAGCAAUUCCUGGCUGUCCUGCCUGCAGAGAUGCAGAGUUGGAUUCGAGAGUGUGGAGCAGAGACCAGUUCCCAGGCGGUGGCCCUGGCGGAAGGCUUCCUGCUGAGCCAGGUGGAGGAGCAGAAGGAACAUGGAGAGUUGAAGAAUCCCUUGGAUUUCCUUUUAUUUCAGGCCCAGGCACCAUCUGUGGAGGUCACUGAACAUCACAGGAAAUGCGGGGAUUUGUCAAAUCCUUCUCAGGAGCUGCUUUUGGGAGCCGUCUCUAAAAAUCUAUGUCAGGACAUUUCAAAAGGGAACGGAUCGAUGCUGGCAGCAUUUUUAGGAUCAUCUCCUUUUGCUGGUGGAUCCAAAACAGCAGCUGAAGGUUCAGCUCAGCAGGGCACUGUGUCCUUCAAGGAGGUAGCUGUGUAUUUCUCGAAAGACGAGUGGUCUCAGCUGGAUGCCCAUCAAAAAGCCCUCCAUGAGGAAGUCAUGCUGGAGAACUCUCGGAAUGUGGCCUCUUUGAGGGAUAAAGGGCAAGGGAAUAAAAACUGCAAAGAAACCCUCCAAACUUUGAUGCUGGAAGAGGGGAAGGAACCGUUUGCAAAUCAAACGCAACCAAAACCGCGCGGGGAAAGUCACUCCGAAAAUGGAAGGAAACGAAGCUCUUCCUUCCCAUGGCCCCAAAUUCAAGAUUUGUUUGUCCAACCAAACCGCCAUCUUAAAAGUAAGGGGAAACGUUUCGGGAAAGGCGGAGAAAUAUUGCAGGAUAUAUCCGAUGUAAGUAAAGCUUGCAGAAACCUAGUCAAAGAACAGAAGGGCCAGUUCAAGGAGAACAAGAGAGGUUGCCAACGUAUUCUUGCCCUGUCUCUGCGCGAAAGAGUCAGCAGGGGGGAGAAACCCUACAAAUGCACGGAAUGUGGGAAACACUUCAGCAAUAGCAGUUCCCUUACGUGCCACAGAAGGAUCCACACCGGAGAGAAACCCUAUAAAUGCACGGAGUGUGGAAAGAGCUUCAGUAGCAGCAGCAACCUCACUGCUCAUAAAAGGAGCCACUCAGGAGAGAAACCGUAUCAUUGCCUGGAGUGUGGGAAAAGCUUCAGUACCAGCAGCAGUCUUACGUCUCAUAAAAGGAGCCACUCAGGAGAAAAACCGUACAAAUGCCCGGAGUGUGGGAAAAGCUUCAGCACCAGCAGCAGCCUAACGUCCCAUAAAAGGAGCCACUCGGGAGAGAAACCGUAUAAAUGCCCGGAGUGCGGAAAGAGCUUUAGUACAAGCAGCUACCUUACUUCUCACAAAAGGAUCCACACGGGAGAGAAACCCUACAAAUGCACGGAGUGCGGGAAAAGCUUCAGCAACAGCAGUAGCCUCACUUCCCACCGAAGGAGCCACUCGGGGGAGAAACCCUACAAAUGCCUGGACUGUGGAAAGAGCUUCAGGAAGAGCAGUAAUUUUUCUUCGCACAAAAGGAUCCACACAGGGGAGAAACCCUAUAAGUGCAGGGAGUGUGGAAAGAGCUUUAGUCAGAGCAGUGACCUCAUUUCCCAUAAAAGGAUCCACACCGGGGAGAAACCCUACAAAUGCAUGGAGUGUGGGAAAAGCUUCAACACCAGCAGUAAUCGCGCUUCCCAUAAAAGGACCCACACAAGGGAGAAAAUCUACAAAUGGAUGAAGGUCCAUUUUAACAAAAGCACCAGCGUUUCUAAACAUAGAAGGAUCCAUACCGGAGAGAAACCGUAUAAGUGCAUGGACUGCGGGAAAACCUUUAGGAAGACCACGACUUUCAUUUGCCAUAAAAGGAUUCACGCGGUGGAGAAACGUUAUAAAUUCUUAGAAGGUGAAACUGGAAUAUAAGAAAACACUUUUAUGUUCUCACAAUAGGAAAGAGAGCCUAUCAGAGUUUUAAUUAAGGUCUCACUUUACUUAGCCAAAUUCAGUCCGCGGAGAGCAGAAAACUGUCCCAACUUCACGUAAUAGUAAAAGAGCUUCUGUUAACGUAGGUCUUUUGCUAGUACUAAGAAGCAGCAGUGGGGAGAAAGCAUAUAGAUACCGGGAAUGUGAGAAGAGCUUCCGUAGAAGCACACUGGACACCGUUCCCCCAUUAUGGCUGCGUAUAGGAAUGAAAAUAUGUAGUGUGUCGGAAGAGCUUCAGCCAAAAGAGCCACCCAAGGGAUGGAUGAAGUGUGGAAAGUGUUUCCGUACACAUAGACGAGGCUUCUUGUUAAGGAAUCCACAGUGGAGAGAUUAUAUAAAUGUACCAGCAGUGGGGAAAGUUUUGAUUCCGUACCGAUUUUUCCCUCGGAACUUAAACAAUCCAGAUACGUUGUAGGUGGAUAUGGGGGAUACCUUUUUUCUUGCUCAUUGUCCUCAAUAAUAAUAUCUCAAUUCUCUUUUGUAACGUUUAACGUUGAUGGAUUGGCACCUUUUCUGUUACCCGGAAAGGUUUUAAAAGGUUGGGAACAGAAAUUGCGGAUUUUACGGAAAUGUUUGGUAGAGAAGAUGUACGUAAGUGCUCCUGCUCCUAAGGUAGCAGGCAGAGGCUGUGUCCCAGGGCAUCUGCCCAGCUUCCAUUCUACCAGGAUCAUGAAGCUCUGACAACAGCAAUCCAUGCCAGAAUUCCUUGGACUACCGCUACCGAAUCACAAUUUGUAGGACUGCUUUGAUAAUUAAUCAGAAGCUGCGAUUGGUGUAGAACUUGUUUUUGGAGUGUAGCGCUUAUCUUUGGAACCUGGCCUCACUACCUAUAAUAUUCCAAAUCCAAUUCCAUUCCUCCUUUUUACGUACAUAACCCUACACUGAGUUAUUUGAGAGGACAUGUCCUUCAAAAUUAUUCUUAUCCCUCUGUAAACUCAGUUGGGUCAACUACCUCUGAGAAGGUUUUUUUGGUAGAUUAACGGUUGGAAGGGACCUUGUUGGUCAUCUAGUGACUAGUCCAACACCACCACCACCCGCCCAAACACGAGACCCUACACCAUUUCUGACAAAUGGCAGUCCCUUGAAAGCUCUUCUUGAAAGCUUCUAGUGAUGAAGCUCCCACAAUUUCUGAAGGCAACUUCUGUUCCAUGGGUUGAUUGUUCUCACUGAUAGAAAAUUUCUCCUUAUUUCCAGGCUGAAUCUCUCCUUGUUCAGUUUCCAUCCAUUGUUCCUUGUCUGGUCUUCAGGUGCUUUGGAAAAUAGGUUGACCCCCUUCCUCUCAGUGGCAGCCCCUCAAAUAUUGGAAGGCUACUAUCCUGUCUCUCCUGGUCCUUCUCUUCACUAGACUAGCCAUCUCUUAUGUCCAUCCAUGGUUCACUCAGAUGUCUUUCUUUCUUUCUUUCUUUCUUUCUUUCUUUCUUUCUUUCUUUCUUUCUUUCUUUCUUUCAACCGUUCAUCAUAUGCUUCUUCCUUUUCAUUCUGUAAGCUCAGCUGGGCCAACCACCUGAGAACUAAGGAGGUCUUGGGUCCAAAGGCAGGAACAAUUGUGUGAAACAAGUUUCCCCAUUGAUACCGAGCGCAUUGCGGUUAGCCUUUUACAAGGUCAUGAACAUCGUUUUGUUUAAAUGAGCUUUUGAGCAGUUCUGGUGACCUUCGUUUCGCAAUAGGUGCUUGUUCCAAUGCUUUGAUUGGAUACCAAAAUCAUUCAGGAAUUUGGGUAAGAAAAAGCAGUUGUAGUAAGUUCUUUUAUUUAUUUAUUUAUUUAUUUAAUCACAUUUUUAUACCGCCCUAUCUCCCGAGGGACUCAGGGCAGUUUACAGCCUAUUAAAAACACAAAAACAGAUAUAAAUACAGGAUAAAACACUAAUUAAAAAACUUAUUAAAUAAGGUUGACUUUAAAAUUAUAAUUAAAAUACUAAAACCCCAUUAAAAACUAAAUUAAAAUUAACAUCCUAGCCCAGUCCUGCGCAAAUAAAUAGAUGUGCCUUAAGCUCGCGGCGAAAGGUUCGAAGGUCGGGAAGUUGACGGAGUCCCGGGGGAAGUUCGUUCCAGAGGGUGGGAGCCCCCACAGAGAAGGCCCUUCCCCUGGGUGUCGCCAGUCGGCACUGCCUGGUUAACUUUUUGCCACUUCUUGGUUAACUUGGGGGUGAACAUCUAGCACUCUUGACUUUAUGUAGUCCAACGUCAGUGUUUGUAGCUCAAGAAUACUUGUUUCCAACACCUUCAAACCAGUGGCGAAAUCUGAACCGGUUUACUACCGGUUUGUUGGCUGCGCAUUUGCGCUAUGCGUGUGCAUGCACAGUGCACACCAAAAGGAGGCGUGGGAAGUAAGUAGAACAGCUGGGAGGGGUGAUCAGUUGUGGCGCGCGAUCGUCAGAGCUUUUUUUUUUUUUUUACUUUUUAAAAGCAUUUUUGACUACCUAUUCACCCGAACCGGUAGUAAAAAAAUGCCUAAAAAG